AUGGCCGAGACCCUCGCCCCGUGGGAGCAGCUGAGCCCUCCCCAGGGGGAUCUGCCCAGGAAGCUUCGGAGUCUGGUCCUGCUGGGGCUUCCAGUUGCCAAGCCUGAUGUAAUAUCUCAGUUGGAGCGAGAGGAGGAGCUGGAGAGAGAUGUCCCCAAAGCAAGCAGUCCAGAGUGGGAGACAAAGCGAGAAAGCAAAGAGCUAACUCCAGAGCAGGACAUUUCUGAAGAGGAAUCAGCCCCUGGGGUGUUUAUAGAAAGAUUUCCAAAGGAAGGUUCCAGUGAAUGUGAGGAUUCUUUAGAGAGUCAGCAGGAAAAUCAUGAGAAAAAUUUAAGACAAGUGGCUGUCACUCAAAAGAAAUCUUCUGGGGAGAGAAGCUACCAGUGUGAUGAAUUUGGAAGAAAUUUUGGUCGAAGGUCAUUAUUUGUUCAACAACUGGAGAGACUAUAUAAUUGUGAUUCACUUGAAAAGAACUUAAAACAAAAUUCGGAUCUAAUUAGGCAUGAGAGAAUUUAUGCAGGAAAGAAACCUUGGAAGUGUGAUGAGUGUGGGAAAGCUUUCAGUUACUACUCAGCUUUUGUCCUGCACCAGAGAAUUCACACAGGAGAAAAACCUUACGAAUGUAAUGAAUGUGGGAAAGCUUUUAGCCAGAGCAUACACCUGACUCUGCACCAGAGGAUUCAUACUGGAGAGAAACCCUAUGGAUGCCAUGAAUGUGGGAAAGCUUUCAGUCACCGUUCCGCCCUUAUUCGGCACCAUAUAAUUCACACUGGAGAGAAACCCUAUGAAUGCAAUGAAUGUGGGAAGGCCUUUAAUCAGAGCUCAUACCUGACGCAACAUCAGCGAAUUCAUACUGGAGAGAAACCUUAUGAAUGUAACGAAUGUGGGAAGGCCUUCAGCCAAAGCACAUUUCUUACCCAGCAUCAGGUCAUUCAUACUGGAGAGAAACCUUAUAGAUGUAACGAAUGUGGGAAAGCCUUUAGUGAUCGUUCAGGCCUCAUUCAGCACCAGAGAACUCACACUGGGGAGAGGCCGUAUGAAUGUAAUGAGUGUGGGAAAGCCUUUGGUUACUGUUCGGCUCUGACUCAGCACCAGAGAACUCAUACUGGUGAGAAACCCUAUAAAUGCAGUGAUUGUGCCAAAGCCUUCAGUGACCGCUCGGCCCUUCUUCGUCAUCAGAGAACACACACUGGAGAGAAACCUUACAAGUGUAAGGAUUGUGGAAAAGCUUUCAGCCAGAGCUCGUCUCUCACAAAACAUCAGAAAAUUCACACUGGAGAAAAACCCUAUAAGUGCAAGGAAUGUGGAAAAGCCUUCAGCCAGAGUUCAUCCCUUUCCCAACACCAGAAAAUUCAUGCUGGAGGGAAAACCAAGGAAUGUGGAAAAGCCUUUAGUGAGCAUUCAGCCGUUGGCCAACAAAAGAGAAUUCAUACUGGAUAA